AUGAAGACGGUACCAAUUUCACAAGAUGCCGAGCCUGAAAGCAUCUCGGCUUAUGGCCCUGCACGCUCAACCGUAACCACCACCCCUCUCAACGCCGAAGACAUUCGCAAGAUGGAGGCAUACUUCCGAGCCAGCGUGUAUCUCUGUCUAGGGAUGCUUUACCUCCGCGGCAACCCUCUCCUCAAAGAGCCACUGGUGAAAGAAAACCUCAAGGCGCGAUUGCUGGGCCAUUGGGGCUCAGAUUCAGGCCAGGUCUUUACAUGGAUGCAUUUCAAUAGGGUCAUCAAGAAAUACGAUUUGGAUGCCCUCUACGUCUCCGGUCCCGGCCAUGGAGCUCCCGCGGUCCUCUCCCAGGCAUAUCUCGAGGGCACAUAUAGCGAGGUUUACCCAGAUAAGUCGGAGGACGAGGAGGGCAUGCAAAGGUUCUUCAAGCAGUUUUCAUUCCCCGGUGGUAUUGGCAGCCACGCAACUCCAGAGACCCCGGGCAGUAUCCAUGAGGGCGGAGAACUAGGCUACUCCAUCUCCCACGCCUUUGGCAGUGUCUUUGACAAUCCGAACCUGAUCACCUUGACUGUCGUGGGCGAUGGCGAGGCUGAAACGGGCCCUCUUGCUACUAGCUGGCACAGCAACAAAUUCCUUAACCCAAUAACCGAUGGUGCUGUCCUCCCUGUUCUGCAUCUCAACGGAUAUAAAAUCAACAACCCAACUAUUCUUGCGCGUAUCAGCCACAGAGAGCUCGAAGCCCUCUUUUUCGGCUAUGGAUACCAGCCAUACUUUGUCGAGGGCAGCGACAUGAAAACCAUGCACCAAGCAAUGGCAGCCACCGUCGAACACUGCGUUUUAGAGAUCCGAAAAUUCCAGAAGCAAGCUCGCGACUCGAAGAAGGCAUUCCGACCGCGAUGGCCUAUGAUUGUCCUUCGCAGCCCCAAGGGAUGGAGCGCUCCAAGGGAUGUUGACGGCAAGUUUCUCGAGGGUUUCUGGCGUGCCCAUCAAAUCCCAAUUACCGAUGUUGCUUCCAACCCAGAUCAUCUGAAACUAUUGGAAACCUGGAUGCGCAGCUACAAGCCCGAAGAAGUUUUUGACAAGACCGGCAAGCUCAUCCCCGAAUUGAGGGCACUCACGCCAACUGGAAAUGCUCGUAUGAGUGCGAAUCCUGUUGGCAAUGGCGGUCUACUCCGUAAACCCCUCCAUAUGCCAGACUUCCGCGACUACAGUCUUCCUGAUAUUAAAGCCGGUUACUCCUUUUUGGGUAGCAUGGUAAACAUGUCCAAGUUUCUCCGAGAUGUGGUAGCUAAGAACAUGACAAACUUCCGCAUUUUUGGUCCCGACGAGACUGAGUCGAACAAACUUGGCGAGGUCUACAAGGCGGGCAAGAAAGUCUGGCUGGGCGAAUAUUUCGACGAAGAUUCCGACGGCGGAAAUCUAGCAACAGAAGGCCGAGUCAUGGAAAUGCUCAGCGAGCAUACUUGUGAGGGUUGGUUGGAAGGUUACAUUCUCUCAGGCCGUCACGGUCUCCUGAACAGCUACGAGCCAUUCAUCCACGUCAUCGAUUCGAUGGUCAACCAACAUUGCAAGUGGAUCGAGAAGUGUGCAGAAGUCGAAUGGCGUGCGAAGGUCGCAUCACUCAACAUCCUUCUCACGGCUACCGUCUGGCGACAAGAUCACAACGGUUUCACACAUCAAGAUCCUGGAUUCCUUGACGUAGUCGCGAACAAGAGCCCUGAAGUCGUCCGUAUCUACCUCCCACCUGACGGAAACUGCCUUCUCUCAGUAACAGAUCAUUGCCUGCGAAGCGUCAACUAUGUCAACGUCAUCGUCGCAGACAAGCAAGAUCAUCUCCAAUAUCUCAAUAUGGAGGAAGCCAUCGAGCACUGCACCAAGGGCGCCGGAAUCUGGGACUGGGCAAGCAAUGACCAAGGCUGCGAGCCCGACGUCGUAAUGGCAUCCUGUGGUGAUGUUCCUACGCAUGAAGCCCUCGCUGCCACAGCCCUCCUGAGAGAAUUUCUCCCGCAGCUGAAAAUUAGAUUCGUAAACGUCGUUGACCUCUUCAAACUGAUCAACCAUGGGGAUCAUCCACACGGGCUCUCCGACCGGGAAUGGAUAUCCACAUUCACAAACGACAAGCCCAUCAUAUUCAACUUCCACUCCUACCCCUGGCUCAUCCACAGACUCACCUACAAGCGUCCCGGACAAACCAAUCUCCACGUACGUGGAUACAAUGAGAAGGGUAACAUUGACACGCCGCUUGAACUGGCAAUCCGCAACAAGACAGAUCGAUAUAGUCUCGCUAUCGACGCUAUUGAUCGUAUCCCCAGCCUGCAUAACACCGCGAGUGCGGCGAGGGAGCGGUUGCUCAAUUUACAGAUCAAGGCCAAGACGCAAGCAUUUGACAAUGGGAUUGAUCCAGACUAUAUUACGAUGUGGAGAUGGCCAUAUGAUAGGGUUAAGCCUGAUGGCCAGUAA